AUGGAGGAGGAGGAGGAGAAGCAGGAGGUGGAGGAACAGGUGGAGAAGGAAGAGGAGGAGGAGUCCUCGGGGGACUCCCUUACCCCCUCAGCCCUCGGGGGACUCCCUUACCCCCUCAGUCCUCGAGGGACUCCCUUACCCCCUCAGUCCUCGGGGGACUCCAUUACCCCCUCAGUCCUCGAGGGACUCCAUUACCCCCUCAGUCCUCGAGGGACUCCAUUACCCCCUCAGUCCUCGAGGGACUCCAUUACCCCCUCAGUCCUCGGGGGACUCCAUUACCCCCUCAGUCCUUGGGGGACUCCCUUAUCCCCUCAGCCCACGGGGGACUCCAUUAUCCCCUCAGUCCUCGAGGGACUCCCUUAUCCCCUCAGCCCUCGAGGGACUCCCUUAUCCCCUCAGCCCUCGGGGGACUCCCUUAUCCCCUCAGCCCACGGGGGACUCCCUUACCCCCUCAGUCCUCGCGGGACUCACUUACCCUCUCAGCCCUUGGGGGACUCCCUUACCCCCUCAGCCCACGGGGGACUCCCUUACCCCCUCAGUCCUUGGGGGACUCCCUUACCCCCUCAGCCCUCGGGGGACUCCAUUACCCCCUCAGCCCUCGAGGGACUCACUUACCCCCUCAGCCCACGGGGGACUCCAUUACCCCCUCAGCCCUCGGGGGACUCCAUUACCCCCUCAGCCCACGGGGGACUCCUUUACCCCCUCAGCCCUUGGGGGACUCACUUACCCCCUCAGCCCUUGGGGGACUCCCUUACCCCCUCAGCCCUCGGGGGACUCCAUUACCCCCUCAGUCCUCGAGGGACUCCAUUACCCCCUCAGCCCUCGUGGGACUCACUUACCCCCUCAGCCCACGGGGGACUCCAUUACCCCCUCAGCCCUCGGGGGACUCCAUUACCCCCUCAGCCCACGGGGGACUCCCUUACCCCCUCAGCCCUCGAGGGACUCACUUACCCCCUCAGCCCUCGGGGGACUCCCUUACCCCCUCAGCCCUCGGGGGACUCCCUUACCCCCUCAGCCCUCGGGGGACUCCAUUACCCCCUCAGCCCUCGGGGGACUCCCUGUCAAAACUGGAUCCAGUUUGAUUGCCAUCUUAAAUAG